AUGUCGGGUGUCGCAUUGCAUGCGAUCUCUGUGGUUGUCGGUCUGUUCUUCGUAUUCUUUGGAACACUAAAACUUGCACCUAUAUUUUCUGAAGAACUCUACCGAAGCACGCGCAAGGUUUUCGUUAAAAUUUAUGGCCCGUUCUUAUUCAGUCGCUGGACGGGCUGGAAUCCAAGUCCGCAUCUUGUGCGGCGUGUGUACGGUUCGAUCGAAGUAGUGGGCGGGUUAACCCUAGCUGCCUGUUCUGGUCUGGUUCAGGAUACAAGCGCUGGUAUUCUUCUUGCUCUGAUGCUGUUCAACCUGUUCAGCAUAUGGAACGCGUCAGAAGGUUUGAAAGAUGCGUCUAAUUCAAUCGUGUUCGGAUUGUUGCUAACAUGUCGCUUUGUGAUCCGGGUGCAGGUGAGUAAACAAGAAACAGACAAAUGGGUUGCAUUAGCUUUUCGCGCUGAUAAUUUUAGUUCGCCAGCUUUGCUGCCCAUUGUCCUAACCUGCUGA